AUGACGACUAUUCAAUAUGGUUCACCAACUGAUGAUAUUUAUAAAAAUGAAAUGAUAUCAAGCCAGUCGCCUUCUGAUGGUUUCGUUGGAUUACCGCCUCCUCCUCCUCCACCGCCUGCACCACCUGUAUUUAACAAUAACAACAAUAAUAAUAACAACAACACAAAUAAUUUAUGUAAAAUUUUAUUACCACAUCAAGAAGUUAAUCUUGUUGUUAAUCGAGCAAAUAUAACUGAAAUUCAAGCACGUUCAGUUCCAACAAUGCUCAUGACUGGCAAUAAUAUUUGGACACGACGUGUUUUACCAAAUCUUCGUAUAAAACAAACUGUAUUUGAUCAACACUAUGGUGAAUCAAAAUCGACAAUGACAGGUCAUUAUCGACGAUCAAGCCUAACAACAAGUUAUAUUGGAGGAGGAGGAGGACUAGGUGGUAUGAAUGAUGAUGGUCCACUUUCAUUUGUUUUACUUGAUGCUACAUCUAAAAUGCUUUAUGAUGUACCUAUGCGUCAUUUACUUCAAUUGGUUAAAAAAGACCAUGAUGAUGAUGCUAGUAUUGAUCAUGUUAUUCGAGCUAUUGAUGAAACACAUAUGAAAUCUGACUGGCUUGAUGCUGUUACUGCUUUAAAUAAACAAUUUGAUAAAAGACCAGAAGAUAAAGCACGUGUAUUAGCACAUAAAGGUUCAACACAUGGUUUAGUACUUAUAGAACAAUUUUUUGUUAAACUUGUUCGUGUACCAGCAUAUGAAUUUAAAUUAAUUUAUUUAAAAUUUUGUGAAGAAGCACCAACACAACUUGAACGUAUCAGUAAACAUAUUAAUGAUCUACUUGAAAGUAUUCAAGUUAUUUUAAAUAAUGAACAAUUACCAGGUAUACUUCAUUUACUUUGUUUACUUUACAAUAGUAUAACAGGCAAAACAAUUCCUGGUCUUCAUUUUGAUUCAAUUUUAUCUGUACUUUCAACACGUACACCUAAACAAAAUACAACAAUAGCACAUCUACUUUGUCAUCUAUUAGAAGAACAAUAUCCAACAUUAUUAAAUAUAUUUGAUAAUCAAAUAUUAUUAAAAUUAAAAGAUUUAUCAUCAAUUAAAUAUAUACCUAUUUAUAUUGAUAUACGUUUAUUAUAUACACGUUAUAAACAAUUAAAUACAACAUUAAGAGAAUUACAACAACAAUUAAUUAUUAUACCUGAACAUAUAAAAACAACACUUAAUGAUAUACAAAUAAUAUUUACAAAAUUAUUUGAUGAUGAAAAUAAAAUAAAAAAGUAUGAAAAAGAUUUAUCAAAUUAUUUUUGUCUAUGGGAUUUAUCAAUUGAAAUAUGUUUUUCAACACUUGGACAAUUUAUUGAUAAAAUUCGUCUUGCACAUAUGCAAAAUGUUGAACAAAAUCGUCGUAAUGAAUUAUUAUUAAAACAACAACAACAACAACAACAGCAACAACAGCAACAACAACAACGUUCAUAUGAUAAUCGUUUUGUUCAAACACCAACAACAACACGUUUAUUACGAAAUUCUCAAAAUCAAUAUGGUUCAGAUACAAAUAUUUUUCGUGAUCAUCUUAAUGUUCCAUUAACACCAACAACUACACGACAACGAUAUAAAGUUAAUAAAACUUCACGUGAACGUUUUUGUGGUUCUUCACGUGAUAUAUCUUAUACCAAUGAUGAACAACAAGAAUCAAUGGAAUCAACAACAACAACAACAACAACAACAACAAUUCGUACACAAAAUUUAUUACCAAAUGCAAUACCACGUAAACGUGGUCAUUCACCAACAUCAAAAACAAUUUUUACUAAACGACCAUUUAAUGCACUUCCAAUAUGUACAACAACAAUACACGAUCAACAAUCAGACGAUGUUUUUCUUUCACCAACAUUAAAUCAUGAACAGGAAGAUAAUAAUGAUACAAAAAUGGAUUGUUCAACAACAAUAACAACAGAAGAAAUAAAUUCUCAUGAUAAUAAUAAUAUUAAUGAUGAUCAUUUAUUACCAUCAACAGCUCGUGUUAUAUCUGUAUGUGAAAUACAACCAUCAUUUUAUUUAACAACACCAAUAAGACGUUUAUUUGAUCCAUCGAAUGAUCAAUCAACACCAAAUGAUACAAAUCGACCUAUUGAUUAUAAAAAUAAUAAUUCUAUAACACCACCAAUAACUAAUAUUCAACAUAUAAAAUAUUUAAAUAAUGAAAAUGAUAAUAAUAAAGAAAAUUCUCAUUAUUUAACACCAAUAACAUCAUCAACAUCAUCGUCAUCGUCUGAUAUUCAAAAUACUACAGAGUUAUCGUCAUUACCAAAUUCUAUUGAUGAUGAUAGUCAACAAUCUUCAAGUUUAUCAUUACCUAUUGAUAAUUCAAAUGAUGAAAAUCGUUCUUGUUUACCGACAAUGCCAUCAUUAUUAUCUGAUUCAGAAACACUUGAUGAAGGUUUUGAAACUCAAUCAAAUGUAAGUGAAACUGUUGAAUCAACUUCACGAUCAUGUCCACUUGAAACGAAUUCAAAUGAAAUCAAAUCUAUAUCAACUGAUGAAACUCUUGCUGAUGAACUUACACGACGUCUUACAUUCAAUUCAACUCGUCGAUUAACUCAUGAUAAUCAUAUUCGUAAUAAUAGACGAACAUCAUUAUCUCAUGGACGAUCAGCAAGUUUAUUGAAAACAUCAACAUCAGCUUAUAAUUAUUCAACAUUUACUUCAACUGGCCAACAAAAUAAAACAUUAUCUACAAAACGUGCACCAUCAGCUGAAAGUGUACGAUCAACAUCAACAAAUAAUAAUAAUAAUAAUAAUACAGCUAAUGGUAUUCGAUCAAGUCGACAUAUACAACGUUGUGCUGUAUCACGACGAAUUUGGAAUGAAAAAGAUACUGAUGAAACAUCAAAAACGACUCUUAAUACUUCUUCUUCACCAUCAUCAUCAUUCCCUCAAUCUUUAACAGCACAAACUACAAUAGAAUCUGAUGAAGUUUCAUCAUCUUCAACUCUUACUACAAUAACAAUGACUAAUCAUCGUAUAUCUUCAAUGAAAUCGAAAAAUAAAAUGCGUAAUAUUCAUUCUGUAACAGAUUCAUCAUUUCGUUCAUAUUCUCCUAUAAAUCGUAAAGUCUCUUCUCGUCUUGGUCAUGCAAGUUCAUGUCAAAAUGUUUCAACAACAACAAUUAAUAGUUCAAAAUCUUCACCAUUAACUAAAACUCGUUCUCCACCAAAUACUUUUCUUAAUAAUAGUCAAAUUCUUCGUUCAUCAUUUAGUCGACCAACUGAAAAACCAUUGCGUGCUUGUCAUAUGUCAACUACAACAAAUAAUGAAUCAUCAUCAUCAUCUAAUCGACCAUCACCAAGAACACGACGAUUAUUUAGUUCAAAUAGUGAUCUUCAAUCAACAUCAACAGCAUCACCAAAAAAUCUUCGAAAACCACCAUCAUCUUGGCAUCAUCAAAAAGCUCUUACAAAUAAAACAACAUUAACUACUGUUCUUCCAUCAUCUGGUUUGAAUACUAAUCGAAAAGCAUCAACAAGUACAAUUGAUUUACGUAAAACAAAUCCAAUGAACAGCAGUGUUUUUCAACGUUUAACUCAAUCUAAACGAUUGUAA